AUCUCCGCCAUGCUGUCCUCAAGUCCGUCAGUAUUACUGUUCCGAGCGGAAACACGAGUCAGGUGUAUUUAGUUCCUCUACAGUCCCGCGUCACCGUGUCGGUGUUUUCACUUUCGCUUCCCAAUGAAACGUUUCUUAAACUUCUUCCUCUCCGACGAUGAUGAUGAUGAUGAUGAUGAUGAUGACGUCGUAUGAAGACGUAGUAAGGUUUAUAGCUAAUCAGCUGAAAUGUCCGAUUUGUUUUGACCUGUUCAGUGAGCCGGUGACUUUAGCGUGCGGACACAGUUACUGUCUCCGGUGUAUUAAAGACCAUUUAAAGCGGAAUGUGAGGAGAGAAUGUCCUCAGUGUCGAGCUGAGUGUCCACCUGACUGUAAACUACACAAAAAUGUCACCAUCAGUGCUAUUGUGGACUUACAGCAGGCGGGGGGACAGGAAAUGUGGGACAGGGUCCUGACCGGAAGUGACGAACAGGGUGGGAGCUGUUUGAUGAGUGGCAGGACUUAUGAGUCAUCAUCUUCGUCACCAUCAUCAUCUUCAGUGGAGGGGUCGUGUUCCUCAUUGGACCGUGAAGGAGGACGUCAGAGUGCUGAGGACAGCUGGAGUCCUCCAUCAGUCCCCCGUGAUGAUAAGGGUUCUACAAACUCAGAGUCUGUAAAACAGGAGAACAGAGUGAGUGUGUCAAAAGAUUCAGACUCUAUCAGGGGGUUCUCUGAUAAUGGAACAUCUGCAGCUGCAGCUCCCGUUUCUCCCCUCACAGCUCUUAGUGCUGAGUUCGUCUCGCUGUCCUUUCUGCCCCAGAAGGGUCACAGGCGUUUGGUUUUCAUCCCUCAGAGUCAGAGGAUUGAGGUGAGGUCGUCCCUGAAUCUGAGGACACAUUUAACCCGCUUUGAUGUGAGUCAGUGGAUGGCGGAGCAGGAGUUCACCACGGGGAGAUUCUACUGGGAUAUAGAAACGAGCGCGUGCAGUGGCUGGGCGGCCGGAGUGGCGUACACCCACCUGGGAAGAGACGAGAGGCUCGGGAGGAGUAAAUCCUCCUGGUGUAUCGAGUGGAGCAGCGGCAGGUUCAGUGCCUGGCACGACGGCUCAGAGACGCUACUGAAACAGACACAUCCGAGCAGACUCCGAGUCAUGCUGGACAUGGACGCCGGACUCCUGUCCUUCUGGACUGGAGAAGCUGAGCUGUAUAACGUUCAGGUGGAGUUUAGACACUCGGUUAGUCCUGUGUUCUGGCUGUUUGGAACAAAGUCUGGAAACGCCCUGUCCUUCCCCAAACCCUGACACCAGCCUCACACCGUCGUCUAAUAAAGUCGUCCAGAUGGAAAAUUACACAAAACUCUUUGUUUAUUGUUGUUGUUAUAUAAUAAUAUAAUACUGUUUACCAUUUGUAUUAUAUUAUAUUAUAUUAUAUUAUAUUAUAUU